AUGAAAGUUCAACUCUUUUUCCUGUCUGCAACACUGAUAUACGGUACAUUUUCAGAGUUUGAUAUCUAUCACAUUUUGCAGGAGAAUUUGGUGUUGAAGGUUCACUAUCGUAAGAAAUCAUCACGUAAAAAUAAUUAUGGGAUUGAAAAGCUCUUUGUUAUCGGAGACUCCUAUGCUGAUACUGGAAAUCUCCCAAAAAUGUGGAAGGACAAACCUUAUGGACUGACUUUUCCAGGCAAGCCAGACGGCCGAUUCUCCGACGGCCAUAUCCUGACUGAUUUCAUUGCGGAUUUCUUGGGACUAAAGUCUCCAGUGCCAUAUAGAAUGAGGAAUGCACAGAAGAAGGAUUUGCAAUAUGGGAUAAAUUUUGCCUUUGGAGGGGCUGGUGUGGGCAAAACAUUGUCUUCAGUGCCUAAUUUCAGCACCCAAGUGGAUUUUUUUGAAGAACUCAUCAAGAAAGCGGUGUACUCAAAAUGCGACCUUGAACACUCUUUGACUCUAGUUACUCUUUCAGGCAACGAUUAUUCUGCUUUUUUAGCAAGAGGAGGCACCAUUUUGGAUCUCAUAAUUACUUUCAUCCCUGGUGUGGUGCAAAAACUUGCAGCAAUCUUGAAACGCAUUUCAGACUUAGGGGUGAAGAGAAUAGCAGUGGGAUCGCUGCCACCAUUAGGAUGUGUACCUGUAAUUACAAUAAGUAGUGGUUUCAAACAAUGUAAUUACACUGCAAAUAUGGCGUCUAUACUACAUAAUUCCAUUCUAGCAGAUUCUGUGGCACAGUUGAACAAUGAGAGCUUAUCGACUCAAUUCGAGAUUCUUGAUCUUGAUGCUGCAUUCACUACAAUUAUCCAACAUGUUCAAGAUCGCAAAGGUGCUUUAUCUUACUUUCUUGAUCUUGUUGUUUCUUCUGUUUUUCAAAUGUUCACCCUGUUUAGUUAUCUAGGAUUUAUCUUGUGGAUUCUUUUAUUCUAUGCGGAUAAAAAGUGGGGCCAAAAAUUUGAAAAUUAUAAGCAAAAACGUGCAGUGUAG